GAUGGGAUCGCAUCGACGUCAUGUAGACGACAGAUAACUUUUCUUUAGGCAAUCCCCCCCUUGAUGGCACAUUAAGCUUCAGCUUGAUGACUGUGUACCCAGAUUGCGGGGACUUGUUGCUACUUUUAGACGUUCGAAUGAUCGCUGGAUGUGGAGCGUUGGCUUUUGGCUAUGGAUUAGUCCGCCUUCCUGACGGUUGUUCAAGGUUAGAGACCACAUUCUAUGGUAGGAAUUUUUUUGUGGGUCUUAAGCACCGCGACUUUUGAUCCAGAGUGGCAAACGAGAUUGCUCGAACUUCAGGCAUUCGCAAAUGUCACAUUCAAAUGCGUAAAACAGCUGUACCAAAAAGGGGCAAGGAAAACAUAUAAUAUACAUCUAUCGAAAUAAUUUCGUAUAGUUAAUACGAAUUCUAUUCCCUUGACUACAAAUUUUCCUGAGAAUAUAUAAUAGUAUUUUAACUUUACCCUUCAAUCAAAAUACUGAUAUGAGUCAACUUAUCUAACUAAUUAGCCUAAUGGAUCCCUUAAAUCAAAUUCUAGCGUCUCACUUUCAUUUAAGUGGAUAGAAACCUUGUUUAAUAUUAAUUAUUAUGAUUUUUUAGUUAUUCCCCGCUAAUAUUCUCAUCAUUUCCCACACUGCAUUUCAUGGGUCCUCGUGCAACGACCUUUACAAUCAGACUCAUAACUCAAUGCCGUGGCCUUGUACUUGAUCCAGAUGUAGGAUGUGGAGCAGAUUCAUUGUGGUACUUUUUCAUAGCCACCCUUUCGAUGUUAUCAGUCAAGUGCAGCUUCCAGUUUCAUGAAUUGAUGGAGCAAGAAAUGUAAUGCAGCUCCAGAUAAGUUGGUUCGCCGUCGUGUAGGCGUCCCAGGCUCCAGAUAAGGGGUAAUAAAAUCCAAGUGUUAUAUGGUAGUUAGAUCAUUUGAGCCCGGUUUCCGACGUAAUAUUGAUAGUGGAUUGGGAGAGGCCGCACGGGAAGCGGGGCAAGCGAUUCUCGUGUUUUGAAAAAUAUGAAACAUACUAUAAAUCAUUUUCGAGUUCACUUAGAAUAGAAGAGAGUGUACCAUAUGGAAUGCGAUUGUGAAUUUCCGAUGGUCGGCGGACUAUAAAAGUCGGCGAUCUCUGCGUCCAGCGAUUCAUAAGUGUUUGCUUCGCUCAAGUGCGCGGUUACUACCCGAAAAUAUUUUUCAAGUUCCAAUUAAAUCUUCAAAAUGAGAAUCCUUGCAGAGAACCAUGUCCACCUCUUGGAUCCUUCGGAGCUGAUGCGCCCAGAGCCCACAUUCGCGGACAAGAAUCCCUCCAAGUUCCGGGACUACAGUGUGGACACCACCGAUCCUCUAAAGGAACGAGUGCGCCAGACUUAUCGUCAGAUGCAUCUUAACCAGACUGUGGAUUUCGUAAAGGGUCGUCGUGAGCACUGGCUGAAGUUCAACACGAUUAAGAUGACUGUGCGCGAAGCUUUGGAGAAGCUGAACGAUCUGGUGGACGAAUCGGAUCCCGACCUGGAUCUGCCCAACAUCAUCCACGCCUUCCAGGCUGCAGAGCGGGCACGUGCCGAGUUUCCAGAGCACGACUGGCUGCAUCUCACGGCGCUCAUCCACGAUCUGGGCAAGAUCAUGGCCUUCUACGGCGAGCCGCAGUGGGCGGUGGUGGGGGACACCUUCGCCGUGGGCUGUCGUUGGGGCGAUAGCAUUGUGUACCGGGACGAGAGCUUCGAGGGUAAUCCCGAUGGGGAUAAUCCCGCCUACAACACCGAACUGGGCAUCUAUCAGCCCAACUGCGGAGUGGACAACCUGCUGAUGUCCUGGGGCCACGAUGAGUACAUGUAUUCCGUGCUGAAGCACAACAAGACCAAGCUGCCCCAUGUGGCGUGCAACAUCAUUCGGUUCCAUUCGUUUUAUCCCUGGCACAAUGGCGGCGACUACAAGCACCUUGAGGCUCCCCAGGAUGCGGAGACCAAGAAGUGGGUGCUGAUCUUCAAUCGCUAUGAUUUGUACACCAAGAGCGAGGUGGUUCCGGAUAUUGAAGUCUUGUGGCCAUACUACCAGACCUUGAUCGACAAAUACUUACCCGGAGUCUUGGAAUUCUAAGCGUACUUAUACUCAAGUAAUUUUUAGCUUUCUAAAUGCUUUUACUUUAUAUAUAAGACAACAUUUAUACCUGUAAUAUAAUAUAAUGUGUAUGCGCCAUAUAUAUCACCAUAAAUAUCCCCAAAUAACGUGAAAAACAAAA